AUGGUACCAACAAGUAAAUUCUUUUUUUUCGUUAAAAUUUUUACUUAUAAUGUUUUAAUAUGGACGUUGCAGUAUUCCAAUGAGUCAUCCACUCUUGGUAAAUCAUGUAGUAGCAGUGAGUCUCAAAAUAGCUCCUUAGGUAUAAGAUCUAGCAGAUUAUUAAAAGGAGAAACAGUUUUAGAUUUGGGGACAAGAUCUAAUAACAACCAAAGAAGAAAUGGACUGAAUACAUUGAUUUCUUUUGACAAAAAUUUUGAAAGUAGUACGGAUUCAAUAUUUCCAGAUGAAAAUAUUAGAAAUAAACAUAAAAAAAAAAGUCAAAACGGUAAUUUUGCGAGUAGUACGGAUUCAAUAUUUCCAGAUGAAAAUAUUAUAAAUAAACAUAAAAAACUAAAUCAGAACAGGAAUUUUGAGAGUAGUAUGGAUUCAAUAUUUCCAGAUGAAAAUAUUAGAAAUAAACAUAAAAAACUAAAUCAGAACAGGAAUUUUGAGAGUAGUACGGAUUCAAUAUUUACAGAUGAAAAUAUUAGAAAUAAACGUAAAAAACAAAAUCAGAACAGUAAAUUUGAAAGAAAUUUUGAUGUAUCAAUGUAUGGUCAUAACAAAAGGGACUCAUCUGGAUCAGUUGCAUAUAUUGAUGAUUCAAAUUCAUCGUACAGUUCAUUAUAUAAUAAAAAAGAUUAUUAUAAGGAAAAACUACAUAAUAAAAAUGGAAUAAAGGUAAACAGGAAAAAAGCAAAAGAAGAUAUAUCUGAACUAGAAAAGCGUAAAGGAAAUCAAGAAAAAUGCUUAGUAACAUAUGUAAUGAAUUUUAUAAGUAAAUCAGAUGCGUUGUAUGAAACAGAAUUAUUAAAAUACAUGACAAUGUAUAAUAAACAUGGUAGAGAUGGUAAAUUAUCGGCAAAAAAAAGAUUUUUUAAGUUUUUUACGGUUUCUUCGAUAGUUCUUGUAAACUUUAUCUUUUUACUUGUAUCCCUAAUAUCAAAGUCAACUGGAGGUAUUGUUACAUUCACCAUAUUUUUAGCCUUAUCAUUAAUAUAUGUUUUUUAUAAAUCAUUAAAAUGCAGAAAAAUGUGUAAACAAUUACAUUGA